AUGAGGAAGAGCUGGCUGAGGAGGAAGUACAUGAGGGUGUGGCGUCUGGGGUCCAGCCCGAUGAGAAGGAUCACAGUGGCAUUGCCAAGUAGAGCCAACAGGAACGCCAGCAUGAUGAUGAAGGUCCACUUCUGCUGCCACCCCGCCACCCACCCACCUUCCAACGUUAUGCUUCUUGGCCUCAACACCAAUGAGCUUCCUGUUACUGAAUGGUCCUCUUCUCCCAUGGCAUCUCAGCUCCUGCACUCUAUUAACAUUUUCAUCUCUUUAGCAAACCACAGCCUUGAAGUACAAACCUCUAUGUUCUCCCAUUCCCCUACUGUUUGCUCUCCCCUGGUGUUUUCCGUCACCUCCACACCUCUCAAUCGGGAUCAACUUCAAGAAGGUCCUCUUUAUAAAGCAAAGCCAUUUCAAAACGCCAUCUACCUGAGAACAUUUAUCCAAGGUAACCAACUGGGGCCACACAGCUUCUCAGUCUCCUACGAUCGGUUUGUGGCCAUUUGCUGCCCUUUACGCUAUCCCGUUCUCAUGAGCCCCAGGCUUUGUCUCCUCCUGGUGGUGGUCUCCUGGUUGCUCGGAGCGACAGAUGGCUUGGUGCAGGCGGGGGUCACCAUGAGCUAUCGCUUCUGCCGUUCCCGAGAAGUCAACCAUUUUUUCUGUGAAGCCCCUGCUCUGGUGCGCUUGGCCUGCGAUGACACUACGGUCUUUGAGUCUGUCAUGUACGUCUGCUGCAUCGUGAUGCUGCUGAUCCCUUUCUCUGUCCUCAUGGGCUCUUACGGCCUCAUUCUGGGGACGAUACUCCGUAUGAGGUCGAUAGAAGCCAAGAAGAAGACCUUCACCACCUGCUCCUCUCAUCUCAGCGUUGUCGGCCUCUUCUACGGGACCACCAUCUAUAUCUACAUGAGGCCCAGUUCUUAUGACUCAACUGACUAUGACAAGGUGGUUUCAGCUUUCUACACUAUUCUCACCCCUGUGCUGAACGCCCUCAUCUACAGCCUGAAGAACAGGGAGGUACUGCGGGCCUUAAAGAGGGGCCUCAUUGAUUGCAGGUUCAGAAAUUAA